GGCGAAGGAUGGGCAUCACUUUCCAUUUUGCCACCGCCCAAUCAAUCAUGCAACGCGUGGCCAUGCUCGUCCUCGCCAUUGCCGCAUCCACCGCCUCUGGCCGCGAGUGCGACACCACCGACUUCUCCCCGUAUACGACCCAGUGGUUGCAAUGCCGGCUCGCGGCAAACCUCCCCGUGACUCCCACGGGCACGGACAUGCUGAACGCGUGCAAGUUCAACGAUUGCGUCGUUUGGUACAAGCAGAUCGCGAAGUUGUCUUGCACUUUGAACGGGUCGCCCACGACUGAACUCGGGACGAUGUGCACGCCCUUGAUAACCCCUCCGACGACCACCCCCAAGUCCACCACAACGACCUCCAAGCCCGCCACAACGACCCCCAAACCCGCCGUCACUCCGUCCGUAGCACCCGCCACCACCACGCGCAAGCCGUCCGGAGGUGGCGACGUCCCAUGCGUGGACGCCGACUACGCGCCACUGAGCGCCAUCUUCAAGACAUGCCGGUCGGACUCUGGCAUAGUGAACCUGACAAAGACCAACCUGCCCGUGUAUUGCUCGUACGCGUCCUGUGUCACAUACGUGCGCAGCUACGCGACCCUCACGUGCACGGAGGAUGGGGACCCCGUGAGCAUGAUCGCGACCGUGUGCGACCCUUACAUCAAGGACACACCCACCACAACCAAGGCGACGUCGGGAGGUAGCGCGGGCUCCGAGUGCACGGCCAACGACACGCCCACGUCCUUUCCCAAGCAGCUUCAGUCAUGUCUGUACGUGGCGGGGCUCACUGCCGUGCCCACGUCGCUCUCCGGUCUCGUCGGGCUCUGCUCGUUCAACGACUGCACGCUCGCCCUCAAGAUGUAUGCGGGGCUGACGUGCACCGUGCAAGGGCUUCCGGCGUCGGUGGUCGCGACGGCGUGUGUGGGGGCCACCACGGCCAAGCCCACUGCUACCAUCGAAGCCCCCACUUCCUCUGUCGCCCCGACCACCACCAAACCCCUAGUGAUCUCGACGACCUCAGCCACGGUUGUGGGCUCAUACGUUGUGGUGGCCGUCGUCGCGUUGCUGUUGUGAUUAUAUCCGGCUAGAAUAAUAAUUCCAUUCGAUUCCAAACUACUUUGGGCUACGAUCCAUCAGAAAGAACUAGAUGUAGAUAUAUAUCCUGUGGGUAACGAACUAGCUUUGACUCGACCAAUCCUACAGUGGGGUUGCCAUCACCUGGAC